CAGAUCGGUUUUCAAGGACUCCCAGGGCACCCUGGAUCUCGAAGGGAAAUUCUCCCCUCUGUACAAACAAGACAGUGGCAAGCUCUCUAAUGAGGAUAUGCUGAAGCUAUUAGCAGAGUAUAAGAAGCCAGAGAAGACAAAACUGCAAGUUAUCCCAGGCCAGUUAAAUAUCACAGUUGAAUGUGCCCCCCUGGACUCCUCAAAUUGUGUCACUUCAUCUUAUAUCCCCAUCAAGCCUUUUGGGAAGGGCUGUGAGAGCAUCGCUGUUGAGGUGGAAGAGUUUGUCCCAGAAGUGGCCAAAUACUGCUACCCCUUCACGAUCUAUAAGAACCACCUUUAUGUGUACCCCCUGCACCUAAAGUAUGACAACCAGAAGACGUUUGCAAAGGCGAGGAAUAUCGCCAUCUGCAUCGAGUUCAGGGAUUCAGAUGAAGCUGAUGCCAGAGCCCUCAAGUGCAUUUAUGGCAAGCCAGGAGGACAGCUCUUGACAGCCAGUGCCUGUGCCAUCGUGUUGCAUCAUAACCAAAGUCCGGAGUUCUACGAUGAGAUAAAAAUUGAGCUCCCGAUUCACCUCCAUCAGAAGCACCAUUUGCUUUUCACCUUCUAUCACGUCAGCUGUGAAAUUAACACCAAGGCCACCACGAAGAAGCAGGACACCGUGGAAACUCCAGGCGAGACAAGAACUGAGAGCUCGGUUUGUGCUUUACUAGUGAAGAGAUGCAACCCAAGUAACUACAAUUACUUCAAUUAUUAA